AUGUCAAUGCCUUGUAAAGCCUUCUCAAUUAUAUCAUUUUUUUUAGCUUUUGUUUUCUUUGAUUGCCAUGUUAAUGCCCGCCGUGUAGUUUGUGUUCAGCGACAUUCGAUAGCUCCUGUUAAGCAUCAUAAACCAAAGUUUAUGCCUGGUCCAUGGAACAAGGGUCAUGCAACCUUUUACGACGGAGACUCAACAUCGUUCGGUGGAGCUUGUGGUUAUGAAGAUGUAGUUAAACAAGGAUAUGGCAUACAUACAGCAGCAGUGAGCCCAGCUUUGUAUAAAAACUGUCAGGGUUGUGGUUCUUGUUAUGAGAUCAAGUGUAGUAAUAACCCUCAAUGGUGUAAACAUGAGCAAUCUCUUUUUGUCACAGCGACUAAUCAAGGUCCACCAAGUUGGCCUAUAGAAUUGGACAACGGAUGGUCCGACGGACAACUUGAACAUUUUGACAUAGCUCGCCCUGUUUUCUCUCAGAUUGCUGAGUACCAGGCUGGCAUUGUGCCAAUCGAAUAUCGCAGAGUUCCGUGCCAAAAGCAAGGAGGAAUUCGGUUUACAAUAAAUGGGAAUCCUCAUUUCAAUUUAGUCUCGGUAUGGAAUGUAGCAGGAGCCGGGGAUGUUAUUAGUGUGCAAGUGAAGGGAGACAAAAAAUUAAAAUGGACGGCUUUGACACGAAAUUGGGGUCAGAAAUGGCAAACAGAUGCAAUGAUGGUUGGAGAAUCAUUGACCUUCAGAGUUCGAGCAAGUGAUGGCAGAAGCUCAACCUCAUGGCAUGUUGUGCCCAAGAAUUGGCAAUUUGGUCAAACUUUUGAGGGAAAAAACUUCAAGUAG